CAAAAACUCUUGCGCUUACCUAUGCCAGAUGCUCUAUUCGAGAUUUCUGGCAUGGGUGGAAUGGUGGUGCAAAACUCAAAGAAAAUGUGCGAAAUCACACUGAGCUCAACAGAUAGAAGCCAAGAAAUAAAGCCCCAAGCCAUUAUUUUUCCCCAAUUGACCCACUUUCUCCCUACUUCAAAUAUCUCUCAUAUUAACUUAGAAGAGAUAAAACGAUUAAGGCUUGCCGAUCCCAACUGUUUCACCCCAAAUAAGAUAGAUAUGGUAAUCGGCAGUGACCUAAUCCCCCGAAUUCUCCUACAAGGGCUGCAACAAAACAUAAGCGGAAGUCUCAUAGCGCAGAAUACGAUAUUUGGAUGGAUUCUGAGCGGCCCAAUCCAGGAGAGAAUCUCCACCUUUACCACCCAGGUAACCGAACCCCAGGAUGAAUCUCUAAACUCACUGCUGAAGAAGUUUUGGGAACAGGAGGAAGUAGCAGUCACUCAACCCCGUUCCAGUGAGGAGGAGUUCUGUGAGGACCUGUAUCGGCUCACGACAACCCGGCAGGCAGACGGACGAUAUACGGUGAAAUUACCCGUCAAACCCGAAUUUCCAGACACAAUGGCUUUAGGUCACUCUCGACUAGCAGCGCAGCAGCAGUACAUCAGCAUCGAAAGGAAUCUGGAGAAAAAACCCGACCUUGGCAAAAAGUACUCAGAGGUUCUGGAAGAAUACAUCACCAUGGACCAUAUGGAGCCCACCUCAUCCCAAGAAGUCAUCAAAGACGGUAAAUACUUCUCCUUUUAUUUACCGCACCAUGCUGUCAUAAAACCCGACAGCAAAACAACAAAAGUACGCGUAGUCUUCAAUGCUUCCAGAAUAUCCCACUCUGGAAACUCCCUCAAUGACGUACUAUACACUGGCCCAACCCUUCAAAAUGACUUGAUGCUCGGCAUUCUCCGAUGUCGCCUCUACAAGUUUGUUUUUAAUGGCGGCAUCGAAAAGAUGUACCGCCAAAUUCUUGUCCACGAGGAAGAUCAAGACUUCCAAAGAAUCGUCUUUCGUAGGUCUCCAAAUAAGCCCAUAGAAGAUUUUAGGCUGAAAACAGUCACCUUUGGCGUCAAUUGCGCUCCCUAUCUUGCAAUCCGUACGCUUCAUCAGUUAGCGCAGGAUUGUCAAGACGAAUUCCCGCUCGCCAGCAAUAUCCUCCUACGCGAAACAUACGUGGANACAUCUUGCAAUCCGCACGCUUCAUCA